UCCUCCUCCUCCUCCUCCUUCUUCUUUUUCUUCUCCUCCUCUUCCUCUUCCUCCUCUUCCUCUUCCUCUUCCUCUCAUGCCCAGAAACCGGGCCGGCACGGGCAGCAGCCGCCAUGGAGUACAUGACGGGGCCGGCGGCGCCCACCCAGGGCAACAUCCUGUGCUGCCAGUGCGGCGUGCCCAUCCCGCCCAACCCGGCCAACAUGUGCGUGGGGUGCCUGCGGGCGCAGGUGGACAUCACCGAGGGCAUCCCCAAGCAGGGCACCCUCCACUUCUGCAGGCAGUGCGAAAGGUAUCUUCAGCCUCCAGGAACCUGGAUUCAUUGUACCUUGGAAUCAAGGGAGCUUCUUGCUUUGUGUCUCAAAAAACUCAAAGCUUCGCUGAGCAAGGUCCGGCUCAUUGAUGCAGGCUUUAUUUGGACCGAACCACAUUCUAAAAGGCUGAAGCUGAAACUGACUGUUCAGAAAGAGGUGAUAAAUGGAGCAGUUCUUCAGCAGGUAUUUGUGGUGGAAUAUAUAGUUCAGUCUCAAAUGUGUGAAGACUGUCAUAGGAUCGAAGCGAAGGAUUUCUGGAAAGCUGUAGUGCAAGUCAGACAAAAGACACUGCACAAGAAGACCUUCUACUAUUUGGAGCAGCUGAUUUUAAAACAUAGGCUUCAUCAAAAUACACUUCGCAUCAAAGAAAUCCAUGACGGCCUGGAUUUUUAUUAUUCUUCAAAGCAACAGGCCCAGAAGAUGGUUGACUUUCUUCAGUGUACAGUUCCGUCUAGAUCAAAAUCAUCCCAACGUUUGAUCUCGCAUGACAUUCAUAGUAAUGUCUACAAUUACAAAAGCACUUUCUCGGUGGAAAUUGUUCCCAUAUGCAAGGACAAUGUUGUAUGUCUGUCACCAAAACUGGCACAGAGUCUUGGUAACAUGAGCCAGAUCUGUGUGUGCAUUAGAGUAACAAGUACCAUCCACCUCAUCGAUCCCAGCACCCUGCAGAUUGCUGAAAUUGAUGGAAAUACCUACUGGCGCCACCCUUUCAAUAGCUUGUUCCACCCCAAACAACUAGAGGAGUUUAUCAUUAUGGAUAUCAAUAGGGUUCAAGAAAAGAAAAAAGGUGCAGGUGCUGGAGCAAGAUCAAACAAGCACACACUGGCUGAAGCAUGGGUACAGAAAACCUCGGAGUUGAAUACAGAUCACCAGUAUUUCUGCUGCACUCACCUGGGACACAUUCUGAAUCCCGGCGACCUUGUCUUGGGAUUCGACUUGGCGAACUGCAACUUAAAUGAUGAGUUUGCCAAUAAGAUGAACCCACACAAUAUUCCUGAUGUGGUAUUAAUAAAGAAGAGCUACGACCGCAGCAAACGCCAGCGUCGCAGAAACUGGAAGCUGAAAGAGCUGGAAAGGGACAAAGAAGGCAUGGAUACAGACGAUGAAAGACAAUACCAGGACUUCCUUGAAGAUCUUGAAGAAGAUGAAGCCAUAAGGAAGAAUGUCAACAUUUACCGGAAUGCAGAUAUUCCAGUGGAGAGCGACACAGAUGAUGAUGGUCCUCCCCGAAUCAGUCUGGCUGAAAUGCUAGAAGAUCUCCAUAUUUCCCAGGAUGCCACUGGUGGGGAGGGAGCAAAUAUGAUGACAGAAUAAGAACAGUGCAGUAGCCAAUGCAAUAAAUACUCCCUUAAUGAGGAAAAAGUACCCAAAGCAUAAGUAAACAUUACAAACAGAUCACAUGAACGUGAAAAGUAAUGUGAUAACUAUGGCUGUACCCUUAAGUAAUGGUUCUAAAUUAAUGUUUUUAUGUAUAAUCUUCUAGAAAAUCAGCAAUUAAAGUUUAAUUUCUGGUGUAAGCGUUGCAGUGUAAGUUCCACAAGUUCCUCCCAUCCCUGAGUGCUGUCUUGCAACUUCCACAGUGUAAAGACCAGCUGACUAACUGAAGGUUAAUACAGUGGGAGUAAUCAUCGCGUUGUGCUGAGGGCAGCUGGUAAGGAGGGAUGUCCAGAGGGAGAGAUUUCAUUGUAGUUUGCUAUAUUUGUAGGUAGGGUACCUACUUCCUGUUUGCUGCUUCCAUUUCUUCACAGGAAUUUCUCCCAUCUUUUUGGUACAAUGGUUUGAAGCCUUUUAUGUUACUGCUAGAUUAUUCCAUAUAAAAUAUUUUGGGGAAGCUGAAGAAUGUAUCUUCUGUUCCUUUAGCAAGGAAACUCCAAAUACACAUUUACACAGAAAAAACCUCCCCGUAAAUUGUAGAUGCAGCCCUUGGUCGGAAAGAUUGCAAACCUGUGUUAAGUAUAAUGGAUACAGUAUUGUACUACAUUCCAUGUCUGUACCAGUGGAUUAAAAGCAAUAUUCAUAACAACUAAUUAAUGCACCAGGUAUGAACUAUUACAAAACUAUACAGAUAUUUUUGGUCCAUUUUUUAGUGAACUUUAAAAUCAAAUUUCUCUCUACUGCGAGCCCAAAGAGGACGAGUGGUGUAGGAGGACAUUACAUACUUCUAUUCGUCUGGUUUUAAUUCACUUUGCUGCACAAAGGUGGUUCAGUGGAAAUUUUACUUAGAGUUACGGUGAGAGUUGUUUUUCCCUGGCGUGUUUUUUAACUUCAGGAAAAAACAUUCAAAAGAAAUGGCAUAUGUAAAGGAAGGAAAUACUAAUAUGAAAUUGGAAAAAAACAAGUAUGUAGGAUUUGUCUAACAGGGUAUUAAUUUUCAGCUUCAGAUAUCAAGAUCGUUGCAGCUCAAAUGAGAACACUUGAUGUAGUUAGUCACUGCUUGUAAGAGAAAUACAUGGGACUGAAAAUUCCUUAUUUCUCUGCAGUAUUGGGGCAGGAGGUGACAGGAGCACCUUUGAUGCACUGUACUUCACAGCUUUUCAAGGCUUCAAAGCAAAGCACCAAUCAAGGAGUUAGCAGUGUUCAGCCCACUGCCAGGUGAGAGAAAUGUUUGCCCACUUCUUUAGUUUAAAUGUAAUCCUCUGACUGUUUCCAAGCAGGUGUGGAUCUGCUGGAUUUCAGGCUUGCUGUCAGCCCAGGCAGUGCACCACAGAGCUAGAUUUAGUUAUCUGUUACUCAUACCUUUGUUUUUUUGUUCUGUCACACGCUUGUAAUCAUCCAUUUGUAAAGGGGGGAAAAUGGAAAUUUGGAAAGGCAGUUUUGAUGUAGCGAAGCGCUUAGCUGUCCUGGCAUUGGUAGUGGCUCAGCCAUCCCUUAGUGCUGUAUUUUACUGUGUGUUUGUGGCACGUUAAGCAAUUUUGCUUCCACUCUCAGGAGCUUUGUCAUAUUUUAGUAUGCAGAAGAACAGUUAAGAAAAAUCCAUAAAGCUGCUGAAAACUAAAGGUACUAUUUUCCGCAUGACAGUAGUUUGGUUCAAUCUAUAAAGCAAUGCUUAAAAAACAUUCGUUGGAAUGCAGCUGCAUAGGUAACCUGAAUUAUCACUGCAAUAAAAAUGUUUCGUUAUACAUAUUUUACAGUAGCUCCACCUGCCAGUAGUGCUGGGGAGAUGUAGAUAAACUCAAUUCUAGUGAGCAUUGGGCCAAACCGGUGGAAAUGGAAGAAGUUUAACAUGUAACUCGUAGCCAAUGAAUGGGUUACAUGUCUGGAUGAGAUGUGUUUUAGGUUGUGAUUUUCCUGAAAGAGGUAAAAAUGAUCAAGCCUUUAUCUUACAUAGUUUGGUAAUAAGCUUCCUGUUGCUGGCAGGUGAAGGGAGAGGAAUAAAAGCUUGUUUUAAACUGUGCUGUUUUGAUCAA